GAAAUUUUGAGAUUCGAGAGAGACCGGACAACGACAUCUCAAUAAACCCACGAACACCACCAUCUACCCUGCUAUCCAUUCAAUACCGUCGCAAUGGCAGGCGUCAGACUUCAAUACCGACGACGCAACCCUUACAACACCUCCUCGAACAACGUUCGUGUCAUCAAGACUCCCGGUGGCAAGCUCCGACUUUUGCACAUCAAGAAGCGAGGAACAGCUCCCAAAUGCGGUGACUGCGGCAUCAAACUCCCAGGUGUCCCAGCCCUCCGACCCAGAGAAUAUGCCACGACAUCCCGACCGAAGAAGACCGUCCAGCGCGCUUAUGGUGGAUCGAGAUGCGCCAACUGCGUGAAGGACAGAAUCGUGCGAGCAUUCCUGAUCGAGGAGCAGAAGAUCGUCAAGAAGGUGCUUAAGGAGACGCAAGAGAAGAAGACCGGAAAGAAAUAAGCGAUCGAUGAAGGAACAGAUAGGGUGGGAGUCUUUUCAAUGAUCAACAAUGGGCGCAUUGGUUUGUUAUGCUGGCUACCCUGUCAACAGCAAAACCGGCUGCCGGUGCCAGACAAGGUUCGCAGUGAACAUCUUUCAUGCACGACCACAUUGCAUCAACUGGGUAUACAUCAGUUUGCAUCGCACUGUUCCGUGGGCCGUUUGCAAGCUGCAUCGAGGGAGACGAUUAGAUGGCCGCAAAAGGCGUCCAAAAACAUGUCCGUUCAAUGAUAUCACAUGAUCAAUUGGCCAU